UUUGGCACUGCCCUGGCACUGGUUUUAGUAGUGAGUGUGAGGCGGGAGUGUCUGGUGGUGGCAUGCAACGAGUGCCGCUGUUCACGGACGGUGGGAACACUACCAAGGCAAGGUAACUCGGAUCAGCAUACACAAACCCCCCCGAAGCCUUCACUAUACUCGUAAAACUCGCCGUAGAUUUUGUAUCAGACGGCAUUGGGAACAUUCUGCAGGGGUCAUGCAGCGUUCCUGACCCGCCAAGUAGUGCCUUCAGUUUGUGGCUGAGCAGAACUUCUCAUCUGACUCUCAUACGGUCAGCUUGUUCCUCCUGACGUGUUAAUCCUUUUGUUAAGCUCUCCCCGCUAGCGCCAAGAUGACCUUCAGUUUUCCCAAGAGAGAGAGAAGACCAGGCUGCGAUUAUGUCACCCCCAUACGAUUGUGGGAAGAUGAGGACAUUGGGGCCAAAGUUGUAGAUCCCCACCAGAAUUUUGACGAGGAGGAGGUGGUGGAUCCUAAUCACGUGUACAGUGACUGGCAUCUCCUCCCUGAUCUUCUGCUGGAGAGGAUCUUUCAGUACCUCACAUUGUCAGAGAGGCACACUGCAUCCCAGGUGUGCUACAACUGGAGCAAGGCAUUCCACUUUCCACGUGUCUGGUAUACGUUUGAACUGCACGAUACCUUACUCACUAAGCGCAAGUUUAAUUACUGUGCAGGAUGGCAGAAACUCCUGGACCACAUCCGAGCGAGUGUUUUCCUCACCAAGAAGGGCAGUCACAUCCGCACCCUCAUCUUCCAGCCCAUGACCAACCUGUUCAAUCUAUACGAGUUCCUCAACAUCAGCCUGUACCUGCACCACCACUGUCCAGGCACCCUUGAUUAUGUCCACACUGUCAGAUUUCAGUUUGCCUGCCAUGUGACAGAGCGAUCAGAGGAGCUGGUGUUUGGCACAGGGGGUCAGAUUCUGGCCAUGUUCAAGCAGGUGGUGGGGGUGUUUGCCAUGCUGCACACCCUUGAGCUGCGUGACCUGCUGCUGGAUGGCUGUGAGGGCAUGACACUCCUGGAUGAUGUGUGUGUGACAUGCUGCGAAACACUCAAGACUCUGGUGCUGAUCAACCUGACGAAGAUGAGUCUCCCCAUCAUCCACCCAGCAGCCUUUGUUAACCUGCAGACACUUGUCAUCUCCCCACAGAACAUAAGCGAUGACCUGAUUGAGUUGAUUGGUCAGUCAAGGCUGCGUAACCUUCACAUCGUGCAGAACAAGUACACAGAGCAUGGCAAGUCCCUCAGCUACAAGGUGUGGAAGAUGUGUCGCCGCGGCAACCCCUACCUGCGGGUGCACUUGCAACUUGAGGGCUCCUGCAAGAAGGAGAUCAUUUGGCAACCCCGAGCUCCAGUCAAGAGUGUUGUUUAUGACUCCCCAUAUGCCAAAAUCAGCCCCCGCAUCAUGAUGGCCACUGUGGAAAUGUACAAGCAGGAUUUGGAGGUGUUUGCCCAUAUGCAGCUCCCUCGCUUCCACAUGCCCAGUUCCUUCCAUGAGAGAGCCGACUCUUCCCUGCUACUCCUUGUUCGACAGUCUCCCUACAUCCACACCCUGGUGGUGAGGGAGAAGGUAUCCACUGCAACUGUCCUCCUCCUGGCGCACACUGCCAAGAACCUCAUCUACUUCUAUGUCCGUAGGAAUGCCAUCAUGCUCAAGGCAGACUGGCCUUACAACCCUGACUGGACGCCAGAGUUCUAUGCAUGGCUGUGCAAGAAUGCGCGAUCAUACGAGGCAAUGGAGAGGGAGGUGGCACAGAUCCUGGGGCACCGCUGGCAGGCACUCACUGACAAGCAGUUCAAGAUGAUCAAGCUGGACCUCAACAAGAGCUUGUACUUGUAGCAGCUGUGAGAGAGCUGAGGUGAGGGUAACAGGGAAAUGAUUGCUUGUGAUGAUGCUGUUCAAUUGCACUAUUAGUAUGGGCUCUAUUUUGUUUUUGUUAUCUAUUUUAUAUACCUAUAUGAAGUUUGUGAUAUUUUUAUACACUUUUGUGAUACCUGCAUUGUUUCAGUUCAGGCAUCGUAUUAAGUUUUAUAUCAAAUUAUAUAUAUAUAUAUAUAU